AUGGGUAAUAAUCAAACUAUUACCUUGUUCAAUAAAAAAUUUGUCAAUGAUGCUCUUGCUAGAAGUUACAAAUUCUUGCAUAUUGGUUCUGUUCAAGUUGCUGUCAAGCCUUUGACUCGACUUGGUAUUAAUGCUUCUGUUUUGUUAUGUUUGCGUGACGCAAGAUUUGUUGAUUUCAAAACCAGUAUUCUUGGCAUGAUUCAGUCUUCUCUGUUUAAUGGCCUUGUCCAUUUUGAUGUUUUCCCUAAUAUUUCUCUUGCCUUGAAUGAUGUUCAUAUUUUGAAAGCUUUGACGCUUAAUAUUUUGGCAUCUGGUUAUAAUAUGGAAGAAGGACUUUCUAACAGAAUCGAAAGACCUCUGUUUGAAAGACCUCUGUUUGAAAGACCUCUGUUGGUUAACGAACGAAGGAAUUCUUUUGCGGGUUCUACAACCUUAGAAGGACUCCGACGUCGUGAUAAGGAUGUGGAUGAGUAUGAGAAGUAUCAUAGCUAUUAUGGUGGUGACGAGGAAGAGAGAAAAGCUAACUACACUGACAUGGUUAAUAAAUACUAUGAUCUUGUUACUAGCUUUUAUGAGUAUGGCUGGGGGGAGUCUUUCCAUUUUGCACCCAGAUGGAAAGGGGAGUCUCUUCGAGAGAGCCUCAAGCGAAAUCAGCACUUCAUUGCUCUACAACUAUGCCUGAAGCCAGAACAGAAGGUGUUGGAUGUUGGAUGUGGAAUUGGUGGACCACUUAGAGAAAUUUCCAGAUUCAGCUCAGCAUCAGUAACGGGGUUGAACAACAAUGAAUAUCAGAUAGCAAGGGGAAAGGAACUAAACCGCAUUGCUGGAGUGGACAAAACCUGCGAUUUUGUGAAGGCUGACUUCAUGAAAAUGCCAUUUCCUGACAAUACUUAUGAUGCAGUAUAUGCAAUUGCUUCUACUUGUCAUGCACCCGAUGCAUAUGGAUGCUACAAAGAAAUAUAUAGAGUACUAAAGCCUGGCCAUUGUUUUGCUGCAUAUGAGUGGUGCAUGACUGAUUCUUUCGAUCCCAAUAACCGAGAACAUCAAAAAAUAAAGGCAGAAAUCGAGAUUGGUGAUGGCCUUCCUGACAUCAGGUUGACAGGAAAAUGCCUUGAAGCUCUCAAACAAGCAGGUUUUGAGGUGAUAUGGGAGAAAGAUCUUGCUGUGGACUCACCUCUCCCUUGGUACUUGCCUUUUGAUAAAAGUCACUUCUCACUGAGUAGUUUCCGUCUAACUGCUGCUGGGCGUUUCAUUACAAGAAACAUGGUCAAGGCCAUGGAAUUUGUGGGAAUUGCCCCAAAGGGAAGCCAACGUGUUCAAAUCUUUCUAGAGCAGGCUGCAGAAGGGCUAGUUGAAGGUGGAAAGAAAGAGAUUUUCACACCAAUAUAUUUCUUCUUGGCCCGGAAGCCGCUUUCAGACAAUCAGUGAACAUCUCAAUGUAGACUAAUUAACCUGGGAUUCUGACAGGUUGAAAUGUAUGUUAGGAUUGGGUUUUUACCAUGCUGGUUGACUUUGUGAUCUUGGUUUCCAAUUGAAAGUUGUUUGUCUGUGUUUAGUUUCCUCUGGGUUCAUUUGUACACCUCCUUUGGCUUGAGCACUAGCUGUUGUACCCUUCUGCU